AUGCUGGUGCUGGUGAUCUGUGUUGGAUAUUUCAUAUUUGACAUCGGAUGGUGUAUAUGGUUCUAUGAUCCAAAUGAGAAAUUCAUGCUUCUUCAUCACAUACUGACAAUAUUUGGAAUGUUUCUUGUCUUACACAGUGGAAGGGCAGGCACCGAACUCAGUGCUACCAUAUUUGGUACUGAGCUUUCCAACCCAUUUCUGCAGAUACGCUGGUUUAUGCGAGAGUCGGGAUAUGACAACACGUGGUUGUAUGAAAUUAAUGAUUUUGUUUUUAUGAUGGUGUUUUUCAUUUGUCGCUCUUGUAUUGGAACGUAUUUCCUUUACACUGAAUGGUCGCACCCACGUCCUUGGUUACGGUUUAAACUCGGUGGGACUGCAAUCUAUCUAAUUAGUGUAGUAUUUACAAUCAACAUUGCUUCAUUUGCUUUCAAAAAAUACACUCGUAUGUUCCGUAGAUGGAAAAGUAGAAGGAAAAUUGCCAAUGGAGAUAUCAGAAAUGGGCAUGUAUGCAUGAAGCAUAAGUCUGAAUAA